CAACUGUCGUUUAAUAUUGUCAAAAAAACUGAUUCUUUCCGGUCUUUUAACUCCUCCGUGGCAUGGCGGAUGGUCUAUACCGCCGCUUAUAGUGUUUAUUUGGAGGAAAAACUUCGCUAAAAAGCGAAAUGAGUCUAUCAGUUGCCCGGCCGUUAGUGUCGGUGUACACAGAGAAGAGUGAGAAGGUGGCAGAUGCCUCCAUCCCACUGCCGUUCGUAUUCAAGGCACCCAUCAGGCCUGACUUGGUCAACGAUGUCCACGUGUCAAUGUCCAAGAAUGCAAGACAGCCAUACUGCGUCAGCAAGGAAGCCGGUCACCAAACCAGUGCCGAAUCAUGGGGUACCGGUCGUGCUGUAGCUCGUAUUCCCCGUGUCCGUGGUGGUGGUACCCACAGGUCCGGUCAGGGUGCGUUCGGUAACAUGUGUCGCGGUGGACGCAUGUUCGCUCCCACCAAGCCGUGGCGCCGCUGGCACCGGUUCGUGAACCUGCGCCAGCGCCGCGCAGCCGCCGCCGCCGCCGUGGCCGCCGCCGGAGUGCCAGCCCUCGUGCAGGCCAGAGGUCACAUUAUCGAGAAGGUUCCUGAACUACCUUUGGUAGUCUCCGACAAGGUCCAAGAGAUCAACAAGACAAAGCAAGCCGUCAUCUUCCUGCGACGCGUCAAGGCCUGGUCUGACGUACUUAAAGUAUACAAGUCCCAGCGCCUGCGUGCCGGUGUCGGUAAGAUGCGUAACAGACGUCGGCUGCAACGCAAGGGACCUCUCAUCAUCUACAACAAGGAUCAGGGUCUUACUCGCGCCUUCCGCAACAUCCCAGGUGUUGAGAUGCUCUCCGUCAACAAGUUGAACCUGCUCAAGUUGGCGCCAGGUGGUCACGUUGGUCGUUUCAUCAUUUGGACGCAGUCCGCCUUCGGCAGGCUCGAUUCCCUCUUCGGUUCAUGGAAGACACCAUCUAAAGAAAAGAAGAACUUUAACUUGCCUCAACCUAAGAUGGCGAACACUGAUCUGAGCCGUCUCCUCAAGUCCGAUGAGAUCAGGAAGGUCCUACGUGCACCUAACAAGCGUGUGGUUCGUGCUUCUCGCAAAUUGAACCCACUCACCAACUCGAGGGCCAUGCUCCGUCUUAACCCAUAUGCCGCUGUGCUCAAGAGGAAAGCAGUGCUCGAUCAGCAGAGGAAGAACAACCAGAAAGCUUUAUCCCUGGCUGAAAAGCGUGGAAUCAAACUGCCAGCCAGCGACCCCGCGGCGAAGGCGGCCAAGUUACGCCUCAACAGGGCUAAAUCUAUCAAACUCGCUAAUUCCAAGAAGCCCAAGAAGGCGCCGGCUAAGAAGACCGCGCCCCCACCCCCCAAGAAGAAGGCAGAGAAAAAGGCUGCGCCUAAAAAGUGAUUGACUAAUAAAGUUUAUAACUGA